AGAUGUCGCACGAAUGGAAAGAUAAAGUAGUUUUUAUAACCGGUGCUGCAACGGGCAUCGGUGAAUCUGUGGUCAGGAUAUUAUUAGACGAAGGAGUUAAGCAUAUAGCGAUUUUGGACAUCGCGGAAGAAGCCGGAAAAUCGUUACAAGUUGAACUGAAUUCGAAAUAUGGCAACAAAACGAAGUUCUACAGAUCUGACGUCACUAAUGAAGAGCACUUCCUGGGAAUCCUUAACGCUGUAGUUCAGGAGCAAGGCGGCAUUGAUGUAGUGAUUAAUAAUGCCGCCCUCAUGAACGACAGUAUUGGCAUUUACAAAAAAGCCAUAGAGGUCAACGUGACCGCCUUAAUAACGAGUACAUUAAAAGCCAUUGAGAUAAUGGGGAAGCACAGCGGUGGUAAAGGAGGCACAGUUAUCAACGUAUCUUCUGUUGCCGCUUUGACGCAAUCUCACGUUAUGCCGAUAUACUUCGCCACUAAAAGCGCUGUGCUGCAGUUCAGUAAUUGCAUCGGUAGACCGGAACACUUUUCGAAAACCGGGGUCCGGGUACUGACAGUGUGCUUUGGUGCAACAGACACCGCGUUGUUGACCGACGAGAAACUAGGCACUUUUGAUAAGUACUUAGAAUCUUCAUGCUUGGACCAACUAAAGAAAGGCUUCAUAUUCCAACGCAAAGAAUCCGCAGCUCAAGGCCUCGUUGAUUCUUACAAGAAAGGUGAGAGUGGCAGUACAUGGCUCGUUGUAAAUAACUUGCCGGUUCAAGAGAUCAGCGGGUCGGUCGCCGAAGCCUAUCAGAUUCUUUCUCAGAAUGUUUAUAGACUUUAAUAUCGGUUUUGCGUUUUUUGAGGACUCGUAUAUUUAUAAAACAGGAUGAAUUAUUAUGAGAUAUUUUUUUUAUUGCUUGUAUGGGUGGACGAGCUCACAGCCCACCUGGUAUUAAGU